UUUUUUUUUUCUCGUUUCCUCUUUUACCCUUCUUACACCAUCAGUUUUAUAGAUUUUCCUUUUUGGAAUAAUUCAGUGAACGCGAUUAUCCUCCAACUUUCUCGAUCUGAUCUCUUAUUGUAUACGACAUUGGGCCAUUCAACCGGUUUCUAUACUAAAUCUUGCCAUUUUUGAAUCAACUUCAGCUCUGCGCCUCCAACUCCUAGAUCGCUAUCAUAGCAAUUGAACCUAACAACUCUGUCCUUCCCCCUCUUCUUCAUUUUUACCGCGACAUCAUAGAUAUAUCGACACAUUAGUAGCAGCAUUCAAUGGAACAGAUCGAACAAGCUGUGAUUUGUGCUUUGGAUCCUCACGUUGAUCCCAAUCUCAAAGCUCAGGCAAAUGCUUAUUGCGAACAAAUCAAACAGUCUCAAGAUGGCUGGCAAUUGUGUUUACAACUAUUCAUGAAGGAACCCAAAACUGUUCCUCAAGCUCGAUUCUUUGCACUUCAAAUAUUGGAAAAUACUCUCCAGAAUAGAUACGAUACUCUCGAUGCCAGCUCUGUAGAAUAUAUUGAACGUACCAUGAUGGAAUACCUACAAAGAGAAUUUGUUGAUAACACUGACUCUGCAUCCGAAGAAACCUAUAUUCGAAACAAGGCGGCUCAGUCAUUAACUUUACUUUUUGCUCAAGUAUAUCCAAACGGUUGGCCUUCUUUUUUCAAAGAUCUUAUGGCUUUAGCUCGAACUUCAACUGGAUCAAGUCAUGAAAAGGCAGCCGACUUCUUUUUACGACUUUGUAUUAGUAUUGAUGAAGAAAUCGCUCGUAUGGAUAUCCCUCGACAUCGAGAUCAGGUGGCUAGAAAUACAAAUAUCAAGGACUCUAUGCGUUUAGGUGAUAUUCAACUCUUGGCUGGUUAUUGGUUUGAAGUCUUGCAAGAAUUUCGAAUUCAAAAUCCAAAUAUUGCUCAAUUGGCUUUGAAGAAUAUUGGUGCUUAUAUCGCAUGGAUGGAUAUUUCGCUUGUUGUCAAUGAUCAAGUGAUGAAUGCUUUGUAUGAACUAUUGUCUGAUUCUAACCUACGUAUUCCUGCUUGUGAAUGUUUGGCUGAUGUUGUUAGCAAGGGAAUGUUGCCACUCGAUAAGUUGAAUAUGAUCCAAAUGCUGAAUAUUACUGAAACUCUUGGUCGUCUAGAUUUGAGUGAUCCUGAAUUUGUAGAAAGCGCUGCCCGUUUGACAAAUGUAUUAGGGAUCGAACUAUGCAAAAUUAACUUGGAUACCAAUGUACCAGCUGAAGCAAAAGUUACUUCAUGGGCUCUGAUCGAACAACUUUCACCCUACCUACUCAAAUUCUUGGCCAACGAAUAUGACGAUACUACAACAGCUGUGUUUCCAUUUGUUAAUGAUGUUUUAUCAAUUCUCAAGAAACAAAAAAAGGCAAUGCAGCAAUUUACCCAAGCUCAACGUGAACUAUUAGGAUCCCUGCUUAGCGUGGUUAUUCGAAAAAUGAAAUACGACGAGGACACUGAAUGGGGAAAUGAUGAAGAUGAACCAGAAGAAGAAGCUCUUUUUACGGAACUACGCAAGAAUCUACGUGUGUUUGCCGAUCAUGUUGCCUCCAUCGAUGAAGAUCUAUAUGUUAGUUAUGUUCACUCUACCAUUAUGGAAACUAUCAACAACUUUAAAUCGGGUGCUGAACUUGAUUGGCGUGAAGUUGAACUUUGUCUCUAUGUAUUGUAUACUUAUGGUGAAGCCCUUCCCAAGGCUGCAAUGGUUUUUGUGAAUACUAAUGAUCCCAAUAUUUUGACCCCCCUUGGUGAACUAGUGCGUGAAAUGGUCACUUCAAACAUUUCUUCUUAUCCUCAUCCCUCGGUGCCAUUACAAUUCUUUGAAAAUCUCGUCCGAUAUUAUCAAUUCUUUGAACAUCGUCCAGAAUACCUACCUCAGGCUUUGGAAGCAUUUGUAGAUACAAGAGGCAUACAUCAUACAUUGAAACAAAUUAGAUCAAGAUGUUGGUAUUUAUUUCAUCGGUUUGUCAAAAGUCUGAAAUCCAAGAUGGGACCUUAUGUGGAAACUGUGCUUUCUUCUCUUGGUGAUCUGUUGACUAUACAAGCUGAACUCCCAGUCCUGACAAGUACUGCUGAUGGUAUGCCUUUGCCUGCAGCCUCUAUUUUCGAUAGUCAGCUAUACUUGUUUGAAACAGUUGGUGGUUUGAUUUCUUGUGAACAUUUAGACGCCUCAAAGCAAACUGAAUAUUUGAAGAUUGCCUUGCAACCUCUAGUGGACGGAAUCCAAAAUACAAUGGCUCAGGGUUACAAUGGUGAUGAUGAACUUUAUAUGAUUCAACUCCAUCAUUUUGUGUUAGCUAUAGGCAGUGUCGCAAAAGGAUUUCCUACUCUUCCAAAGGGAGCAAGUUGUAAUCAACAAUGGGCUGGUGUUUUUGUUCAAGCAACCGAAAUCAUUCUGAAUGUUUUACAAACCUACAAUCAAGUUGAACUUAUUCGUGAUGCUGCCAGAUUCUCUUUUGCUCGUUUCAUUACUUGCCUUGGUUCAGAAAUUUUACCAUAUUUGCCGUCUCUUAUCAAUGGGUUAUUGACCGAAUGUCAAAUCACUGAACUUGUGGACUUUUUACCCUUUAUUGGACUUAUCGCUCACAAAUACAAGCCAAUGAUCAGGAAUGUCAUGGAUGAACUACUUUUACCUUUGGUGAAGAGGGUAUUUGAUUUUUUGAACACUACACCUUCUGGUACGGAUGAAGCAAUUUUAUUACUGGAACUACGAAAGGCAUAUCUCAACUUUAUCGUCAGUCUUUUCAAUGCCGAUCUUGAAGGUGUACUUGUAUCUGAACGAAAUAUCAGUCAUCUUAACACAAUUUUACAAACUAUACUUCACUUCAGCAAAGAUAACAGUGAUCCCACCACACAGAAAAUGGCAUUUGGUGUCUUCCUCAAAUUGGUCACCUCAUUUGCAAGCACUGCUCAACAACCAACCGUCGCACAUGGUUUUGAUCAAUUUGUCUACAAUGAACUCAUUCCCACCACUUUUUCGGUCCCAAUGAACAACGCAUUCAAUGUUGCCGAUGGGCAGUCGAUGUUGGUCUUUGGUGAAAUCACUGCGAUUCAAAAGACAUUGUAUUCCAAACAAGGAAAUGACUAUGUUGAAUAUAUGAUGAAUGUAUUUUUCCCUUCUAUUCAAUGUCCUAGAGAAACUGCUGAACGUUACUGUCAAGCUAUUCAACAAUAUGACGCCAAGCAAUUCAAGAAAUACUACCAAUCCUUUAUUACGGAAGCCAAAAGUUAGAUUUUAUACUUAUUCUCUCCU